UCGCAAUGACUAAUUCAUCUUUGUUGUUUACAUCGGAAGGUCUGUCAGAAACUCUGACCACUGAAGGGUCAGCUGACACGACGACGAGUCACUCUCACCAGGUGAAGCCGCAUUCCGACAACAUCGUGCUGUGGUUUCUUCUAAACAUAAUUUCAUCCAUCUUCAUUCUGUUUACAAACUCUCUGACAAUAAUUGCUGUCGCCGUGACGCCGGCUUUGAGAACCCAGCCCAACAUGUACAUCGUGUCUUUGGCAUCGGCAGACAUCUUGACCGGCUUUUACCUCCUGCUGGAAGCAGCGUGGACAAUUCCGCUUUCUGGAGACUUCUUUGACACCCACAGAGAAGUCUGCCUGCUGAAGUAUUCCGUCCUCUAUCUCAGUUUAUUGGCUUCCAUGAUGACUGUGAUCUCGAUAACAGUGGACAAACUGUUAUUUCUUGGCACGCCUUUCUUACACAGGAGAGUGAUCACACGGGAGAUAACUCUCGUGAUCAUCGUGAUUUCCUGGAUUAUUUCCUUUCUGUACGCGUCGACCGUUCACUUUGUGGACAUAUUCGACGAAAGCGUUGGUUGCCAGAUAUAUAAUGUUCUAAAUCAGGACUUUGUAUUCUUUGGAAAUACAGCCCCAGUGGCUCUGGUCAUCAUUGUAACUGCGGUGUGCUACUUAGAAAUCAUACGGAUCGUGGCCCACCAGAGACGAAAAAUUCGAGCAGUAAAUCAGUUGACCGAAGAAUCCAACGGAUCGUACCAGAAAUCUGUUCGACUGUUCUUGACAGUUAUAGGCGUCUUCGUGUUAUGUUGGUGUCCUUUUGUGGUUUGUGGAUUUGUAUCGUAUAUUUGCUGUAAGGAUCGAAACAUGCACAAAGCUUUAUUGCAUCUGGCCUUGCUGAAUUCGGGUCUCAAUUUCUUCAUCUACGCCCUGAAGAAUAAAGAGUUUAAAGUCGCCUUUCGUCGACUACUUUUUGACAAAUGCAAACCCCAAGAAAGCUUAAACAUUUAAAUUAACUCUUUCGCUUAUGAGCGUCAAAAAAUAGUAGUUUAAAAUCUCACAUGUACAUUAAACAUUUUCUUGAACAUAACCUUUUUAAA